UGCAUUCUACUCAUUGCCUCUUCACGCGAAACCCUAAAGUAUUGAGGGAAGGAUGAAGGAAGAAGAAGACGUGUCACCAAACAGGGAGUUAUACGCUCUACUCCACAUCUCUCCUGAAGCUUCAGACGAAGAAAUAAGGAAAGCUUAUCGUCAAUGGUCACAAAUCUAUCACCCUGAUAAAUAUCAAUCUCCUCAGAUGAAGGAUAUUGCGACGGAGAACUUUCAGCGGAUUUGUGAAGCCUAUGAAAUUUUAACAGAUGAGCAUAAAAGGCAAAUAUAUGAUAUAUAUGGUAUGGAAGGAUUAACUUCAGGUUUAGAGCUUGGUCCAAAGCUAAAUAAAGCAGAAGAGAUAAAGGAAACCUUUGAAAGGUUACGGCGACAGAAGGAAGAGGAAAAGGUUUAUUCUCAUAUUAGGCCUUCUGGUUCAAUUGUUGCAGCUUUGUCUUUGCCACAGUUUCUAAGUGGUGGUGGCAUCAUGAGCGGAAUGGAAAUGUCUAGCGAAGUUCAAUCUCAGAUAUCCAAGCGCAACACUAUUGCUGUUGGUGGCAACAUGACAGUUGAUGGAAACUCUGGUGGUGGAGCUGCUAAUGUUUUGUUGAGGCAUCAGAUUUCUACAGUUGCUUCCAUAGAGUUCAUGGCUUCAGCUGGUUUACGGUCACUUAUUGUGGUACAGAUGUCGCGCCAUCUGUCCCUCCACUCAACAGCAUCAAGUGGAAUAGCAAUAUCUUUGAGCGAUGGUUCAAUUAAUCUUACCAAUACCUGGACUCGGCAACUCUCUGAGACAUCAAAUGGAAAUAUACAACUUGUUUUGGGGCCACAGUCAUCUAUUGCUGUUGGAUGGCACAAGAAAGAUGAGAAAACAUCUGCUGAUGGAGAGCUGAAGUUUGGGACGAGUUCCUUUGGGGCUUCAGCUCAUUAUACUCAUCAUUUCUCCUUAAAAUCCCGUGGCCGUAUUGCUGGUGAAAUUGGAAGCACUGCUUUAGAGUUGGAAGUUGGGGGUGGAAGGAAAAUAUCCGAUUUCAGCACUCUUUGGAUGCUUUAUUCCAUAGGAAUUCAGGGAAUCUUUUGGAAAUUUGAGUUUCACCGUGGGGGACAAAAGAUAAUUAUUCCUAUCUUGCUUUCUAGGGAGUUGACUGCAGUUGUUGCAACUGGAGCAUUGAUGAUUCCGGCAUCUCUCUAUUUCCUUCUCAAGACGUUUGUUGUAAAACCUUAUUACCUUAAGCGGGAGAAGCAGAAGGCACUAGAGAGAAUGCAAAAAUCUUCUAUUAAGAUCCAGGAGGCCAGAGAAGCAGCUGAGAAAGCUCAUCAGUUAUUACAAAAUGUGGCCAACAGGAAGAGGAAUAAACAAUUAGAAACAGGUGGGCUGGUUAUUACAAGAGCAAUAUAUGGAAGUCAUAAAGCUUUUAAAAAAAGGAAGGAAUCGAGAGAUGUGGAUGAUGAUCUUGCUCCACAAGUUGUGGAUGUGACUGUCCCCCUGAACUUCCUUAUGAAUGAUUCUGGACAACUGAAGCUCCAUGAAGGUGUGAAGAAAUCAGGCAUCAUGGGGUUCUAUGAUCCGUGUCCUGGAGAACCUAAGCAGUUGCAUGUGGAGUACACUUGUGGCAGCGAGAAAUAUGAGGUUACAGUUGAUGACUAUGGGGAGUUGGUGAUACCGCAGUUGAAGCAUAGAAUCUGAAUGCCAUUCAUUAUGAUUAAUUUUCAAGUGCUGUCUUGGUCACCUCUAGCAAUUUUGCAUGCCCUUUGAGGUACCGUUGCAGAGCAUUUCCACUUCAUUAAUCAAUCUUGUAACAGACAUUAACCUGGCUUAUUUAUUCUAGUCAAGCUAUCCAGAGAACUUAAUAUUAUUGAUCUAAUUAGUGAUUCAUUUUUUUGCAUCUGUAUAUUCAAUUUCACUAAGUCUAUGCAUGAUUUUCUC